AUGGCGAAGCUUGGUAAAUUUUACUUCCCGGUCUCAGGACGAAAAAAUGCUCCUCAGAAUAGCUCAGUGGCAGAGGCGGACAACCACAUACCCAAAGCUCUACGCGUCUUGGGUGUAGAAGCAAUCAACCUCGAUAUUGAAUCGAAAAGAAACGGCUGGUCUUAUCGGAACUUUGAUUCCAGUAUUCCAAAGUCUCGCUCGUCAAGUUCCGUACCGAGUUUGAAUGACUCACAAGAAAUCUCAUGCCAUGAGAAUCUUUCGAAAGUCCGUGGAAAAGCUUCUUCAGUCCUAGGCAUUCAUCACCAGCAGAAUGAUGAAGAAGCAUCCAUAUCUAAUAGCGUUCGAUCUAGCUGCGAGAACUCAUCACUGGCGUCAAAGUCAUCGCAUCGUUUUCAAAAAUUCUCUCGAAAUACUUCACAUUCUACCUCUGAUUUAUCAGGGUUUGACUUUGACUUGAAGCCAAAAAAUUCUCAGAUGGUAUUCACUAGCCAUUUGACUCAUAAAGUCAAAUAUGAUGAACAAAAAGAAAUUGAUAACCUAUUCGACUCCUCGUUACGAAACAUUAAAAGUAGCUCCACUCCAAUUUUAUGUCAAAAUCAUCUCGACAUCAGAAAUAAUUACUGCUAUCCCGAUAAAGAUGAAGAUUGGAAUCACAAGAGCUCUUCAUUAGCUAUCGAUGCUGAAAAGAGAAUCGAAGCUGCAAGGAAGAUUGAGGGUGCCUUUUCUGGAUAUGGAAGACAAAAUCUUGGAUCUUCAAUGAAGGGAUCUAGACUCUAUGGAUCAAAUGAUAGCGCUGCUAAAAGUUACGCAUCACCUAAAAAAUAUGUGAAAGACGAGCUGUCUACUCUCUUGGAUUUUGAUUCUAAUUCUGGGGCAAAUUUUCCUGAGGACUGGGUGACAACAAGCAUCCUAGCACUUGCAACAGAUUCAGAGCAUGAUGAAUCCGACAAGUCAAGAAUAUCGACGAGUUCAGAAAAGAGUUCUCAAUCUGAAAGGAAAAAUGUUCUAAACUCUCAAAUAGAAGAGACACCCAAAGAAGCACCGAGCCCUAAAGUUCCCGAAUUAUCUGAAACCCAAAUAAUGGAAUCGGUAAACGGAAGUUGUAGAGAUUUAAUGAAUGCUCGACGCCACUGCUCAGUCGCUUCUUUAAAAAUUUGUCGGGUUUCUACUCACAGUAACCGCUUUAUGGCAGUGACAGGGGAAGAUGCAGCGCCUCUUCAAGAUCUACGCCCUCAGGAAUUUUUGGAAGAAAACCAUUCUAGCGACUCUCAGGGCUCAGAAGAAUUUAGCCCUAGCCAUCCUUCCAGCCCUCGAUACAUACGUCAGUCACUUUUAUCUAACUUUUCACACGACGACGACGUUGAUGACGAUGACGAUUACUCGAAAUUUUAUUCACCUCACAACUCACACGACUCAAGUCCAGAAGAUUUGUCGACUUGUUCGUCGAAUAUUAUCUCACGAUUCGCAAUGCAGUCCAAUGAAUCGAAGAACUCUGAUCCCCGCUUGAGUACUCUAUCUUCUUCCUCAGUAUUGGUAGAGUUCGCACGUAUAGGAAGAGUCGUUCGAUGUGGCCGUCCCCAGAGUAAAAUAAGGACAUGUAAUACACAACGUCGGAACGGAACAUGA